AUGAGUAGGAAGAGAUCAAAAAUGUCUUCCAGUGGCACCCUCAGUAACUGCUAUGUGGACGCUGUGAUGGGCCAGGAGCCGGAGGACGCGUACGGUGCUCGCUUCAUCCAGGCUCCGCACACGGUGACCCCGAGGCCGUCAGGUGCCGGGGACAACGCAGACUUCUCCUCUUGCAAUUUCGCACCGAAGUCCGCCGUUUUCUCAUCGGCUUGGUCUUCGGUUCACCCGCAGGGAAUUUAUCAUCCGUACAUGCACCACCACCACCACCACCACCACCAGUCCCAUCUCCCCGCCUCGGACGGCAGAUAUGUGGGCGUCCGCUCCUGGAUGGACCCGGUCUCCAACCACGUUUCGUUCGCCGGAUUUCACUCCAGCAGCCGCUCGUACGGGACAAAGCCGGAGAUCCUGCCACCGAAAGCCACAGAGUGCGACCCGGUGGAGGCUCAGGCUCGGCCGACCGCCGGUGAAUUCGCUUGCGGAGGAUCUGAGUGUCCGGAAAAAGCGAGCAAAGAGCUCAGUGGAAGUGAACUUUCGAUUCACAGCGAGCCCAAAGAGGAGAAACAACAACAACUUGACCCAAACAACCCUGCAGCAAACUGGAUCCACGCACGCUCCACGAGAAAGAAGCGAUGCCCGUAUACAAAAUAUCAGACUUUAGAGCUGGAGAAGGAGUUCCUCUACAACAUGUAUUUGACAAGAGACCGACGCUUUGAGGUGGCCCGCAUACUCAGUUUAACCGAGAGACAAGUGAAGAUCUGGUUCCAGAACAGGAGGAUGAAGAUGAAGAAGAUGAACAGAGAGAGGAGCGGCAGGGAGCUGCUAUGAAAUCACUGCCUUUUGACACAUUUGUGUACCAAGGAAGCCAUCUGAACAAUUAAAUUCAUUUUGGU